AUGACACAAACAUUGGAUUCGUUCAUCAACAAAGUAAUUUCGGUGAUUACUGGUGAUGGCCGAAAUAUAGUCGGCUUGAUGAAAGGCUUCGACCAGACGAUCAACCUGGUACUGGAAGAUUCACAUGAACGUGUUUUUAGUGAAGACUCGGGCGUUGAACAAAUUCCGCUUGGUUUAUAUAUUGUCAGAGGCGAUAAUGUAGCAGUGAUUGGUGAACUGGAUGAGGAUCUCGAUAAGCGUUUAGAUUUCAGUAAGAUGAAGGCACCACCACUGGGUCCAGUGUGGUUACAUAUGUAG